GUAACGAGUAUAGAGUGCGACUUGGAUUAAUCUUCUUCUUCAUCUAAAACAAUUCUAGGGUUUUCAAUUCCUCUUUCUGGAUCAUCAUCAUCAUCAUCAUCGUUGAUUCAUCAUCAACACAUUCAGAAAACCCUGGCACCAAACAUUCUCUCACGCAUCCAUUUUCUUCCAUGGCAACCCCUGAUACCUCCGUCACAGUCAAGGAAGAAAAAUACCUACCCGACGAAAACCUCGCUAACGGACCACCGUCAAUUCCACCGGCGAACCAACCCGACGACGGCGGCGCCCAAUUAGCCAAAUCGGUGAACGAACUCACCGACCUCGCCACCGCCAUUCAAGCUUUCAAGAGCAGGUACGAUGAACUGCAGAGGCAUCUCAAUUACAUCGAGCGAACCAUCGAUACCAGGACCAAGGAGCUCCAAUCUCGAACCCCCAAACCCGCGGUCGAGAAAGUCACCGUCGUAAACGGCGACGUUUCGCGAGCGGAAUUGAAAACCAAGGCGGAGGGUGAUGUAAAAGGAGAAGAAAACGAGCUUGUUUCGCUGUGUCAAACCAUGUGUAGCCGUGGCCUGCGUAGGUACAUUUUGUCGCAUCUUGCCGAGGUGAAGAUGCUUGGGGAGCAAGUCCCUGAGGCUCUGAAGAGUGCGCCGAAGCCGUCGAAAUUGGUGUUUGAAUGCAUUGGGAGGUUUUUUCUGCAGGGUAGCAAGGCUUACACCAAGGACUCGCCUAUGGUUACUGCGAGGCUGGCUUCGGUUCUGGUUUUGGAGUAUUAUCUGUUGUCUGGUCGCGUUGAUAGCGAGGCGCAGGAGGAGGACCCUUCACUGAACAAAGAAGCCUCCCAGGCCGCGGUUUCGUGGAGGAAGAGGCUCAUUGUUGAGGGGGGUGUGGCGAAUGCCUGUGAAAUCGAUGCGAGGGGCUUGGUUCUUUUCAUUGCCUGCUAUGGGAUCCCUAUUGAUUUUUUGAACGAGGAUGUUUGGAACUUGGUUCGGUUGAGCAAUCCCAGAGAAAUCUCGAAAGCCCUUCGCCAGUCUCAGGCUUUACUUAUGAGGGUUACAGAUAUUGCAGAAGUAAUGAUGAAAAGGGGCAAGGUUGUUGACGCUCUUGACUUGGCUUAUACCUUUGGGUUUGAAGAGAAAUUUUCUCCCAAGACAACUCUGACUUCAUUUCUAUACAAGUCUGAUGAAGUUUGGAAGAAAGCCAAACAAGAUGCACGUGAUUUUCCUAUUUUGCUGAAGGAAGCAAAUGAAAAAUACUUAGCUGCUUUGAAAUCUAUUGUCAACAGUUUGGAAGGUCACAAGGUCGACUUAGAAGAACUUCUUCCUGGGUGGGAACUUAAGGAAAAAAUUCUCAUCUUGGAGAAUGAUAUCAGUGAUAUCAAUAAAAUAUUCGAUGAUACAUUAGUGAACAAGAGGAAAAUGGAUAAAAACAAUUCCUCAAUCAAAAUGAAGGUUCCAGAGGCAAAACGAACAAGGUUCCCUGUGAAAGAUCAACCUGUCACAUCACCUUCACUCGCUCGCUUGCAUGAGCAAAGGUUCGCUAGUCAUAUGGAUGGCUCAUUGACGCCAAAUUUUGUUGAUGGCAGAUUAUAUGGUCACCCAAAUUAUCCCAGUGCAGCGUAUGCGCACCACAUUGGAUCUGUUUCAGGGUCUUUGCCAGAAAGUUAUCAUGGAAGUGCAGUGCCAAGUAGGGUUAAAAUGCUUGGAGGAGCUAUAGCUGACCCUGCCAUGUCAGCUGGAAUUGGUUACCCACCCAGUUCAUUUUCAGGGUACCAGGGGGAUGCGAUGGUAGACAAUGUUGGAAGCAAGAGUUAUCUGUAUAGAUGGCAAGGAAUAGAGGAAGGUUCACAUCCUUAUGAUAGGUCAGUUGGGCAGAGUUUUGUGGGACAACCUUCACCAGCUCAAGUAAAUCAUUUGUAUGGGAGAACAUCUGCAGAAGGUCUUGCAGGUUUGCCGGAUCAUCUGCCUGUCGGUGUUCCUAGUCGCAGUAGAGUUUCUGAUUUGUAUAGCUUUGCUGAUUCUGUAUUCGAUGCAUAGUCAUUCUGGGGCAGCAAUAAUUCUUCAAUUACUUUUGUAGUUUGAUCAGCCGAUAGUAGACACCAUCCUCUAUUUUGUUAAAUUAGUUUAUCCAACUUGGAAAUUUUGUUGUUGGGAUGUUUCUAUGAAUAGCCAUAGGAUGGACAUGCAGAUGGUAACUAGUCUGCACUUUUCUGUUGCUAAUCAGCUUACCAUGGACAGUCACCGAUCUUGUGGAUUCAAGGAUAAAAUAUACUUGGUUUUUUUUGGUGCAUAAAAUAUACUUGGCAUUUGUUAAAGUA